AUGAGAUAUUGUGAAAGAUGGUUAUGUAGAACCAGUAGAAGGAGUGUAGUUGAAGUAGAUGCGCAAACCCUAUUAACUGGAAACAGAAAGAAGAAUUCUAACACAUACAUUCUUCAUCAAGGUAUUCAUGAAUCUCUCAUGGAUAGAGUGAUUUAUAUUAAGCAAGCUAAACCAGCAUGGGAUGGUUUGGUAAGCUACUACACAGGAUCUGACAAAGUCAAGAAGGUUAGAUUACAAACUCUGAAGAGAAAGUAUGAAUUGUUGCAGAUGCAAACUACUGAAACAAUAUCAUAUUUUUUCUCAAAAACAUUAAACCUUGUCAAUGAGAUGAAAGCUAAUGGUGAUACUAUAGAAGAUUCAGCCAUUGUAGAGAAGAUUUUAAGUAGCUUGCCUGAGAAAUUUGAAUCAAAGGUUAUUGCCAUAGAAGAAUGCAACACAGUUGCAACUAUGACUCUUAAUGAGUUGUUGGGUUCAUUACAAGCUUAUGAAAAAAGAUUACAAGAGAAAAUAGUUGCUGCAAAACAAGUUGAAGAGGCACUUCAGAUUCAAGUUCGCUGGAGAAACAAUCAAGAAAAACCUAAUGUUGGAGGUUUUCAAGGAGGAUACGACAAUGGAGGGAGAUCAAAUAAUGGGAGUUAUAGGAAGCCAUUUGGUAGAUCAAAAAUACAGUGUUAUAAUUGUGGAGAUUUUUGA